AUGAACUCGUACGAUGAUCAACUGUAUCCUCGAGUCGCCGCCCUCAAGCUGCAAAAUCCCAGUCUCAAGGUUUUCAUAGCCAUCGGAGGUUGGGAUGCCGGAGGCAAGGUCUUCUCCGAUAUGGUGUCAACCCCGGAAAAUCGGGCUACAUUCAUUAAGUCUGUGGUCCAGUUUUGCCAGACACAAGCGUUCGAUGGCAUUGAUAUCGACUGGGAAUACCCUGUUGACGAUGAUCGUGGUGGGCGAGCGGAAGAUUUUGCCAACUAUGUCACAUUCAUGAAAGAGCUCAAGUCGGCAGCUGGACGGCUCGGACUUUCUUUGACCCUCCCAAGCAGCUACUGGUAUCUCAAAGGAUUUGAUGUGUUAAAUCUUGAACCGUACGUCGAUUGGUUCAACUUUAUGAGCUAUGAUAUACAUGGGACCUGGGAUGGCAACAAUGCGUAG